AUGCCUCGUCGUGGCCCAAAAGCUUGGACAACUCCUGAGGAGGAGGCCUUCCUCCACAGUCAGCUCACUGCCUAUAUUGCCUGUCAGGCAACAAAGGUUUACCACAACUUUUGGAAUACUAUGAUCCACGAUUUUUUAAGCCGUUGGCCGGAGAGAGCACGUCUAACUGAUAUCCCACAGGAAGGCGAGCUCAGCGAUAUACAGAAGUCUCACAUGGCACAAGCAAUCCUGAAACGAAAAUCUGCCAUUAAAAACUGGUUUCGGUGGCGUACAAAUGUUGCACGUCUGGCCGCUCAGGCGGAUCUGGUGGAAGUCGAAAUCUACUCACAUAUGCAUUAUGAAGAUCACAUCAAAGCCGAUGCUGAUGCUUUGAUUGCCUCCAAGACCAUCACUUCACGUGGUGACAAAUUGUUAAUGCGAAGAAUUGUCACCCAUAAUAAAUAUUUGAAAGAGCCUGAAGAAAUAAAAGCAGAGGUAAGGCAAAGGCACCAAGUAGCCCUAGAGAAGUGGAGACAAACUCGCGAGUGGAACAAAGCCGGGAUCAUUGAGGAAGUUGACGAAGAGACAAAAAUAAAGUGCGCACCUGCUCUUGGAGGACACCUCAAUCGUGUUUUCCGGCACCUGUCUCACAAAACAGGGGGCCUCAAGUUUACUUGUGUUGCUGGUGGACGAAACCCUGUCACUGGAGAAGCGGUCGUUUUAGACUUUCACCUUGGCGAUACUGAAGAUGGAGCAGACUUCUCAGCUCACUACCCUAAAUUCUCGGAAGUUCAAGCUGCAUAUGCUACAUUCGUGAACGAGGCACUCACCCAUGAUGACAACAUGGAGGCAUUAGAGGCGAGGGCAGACAACAUAUCUGACAGGCGCAGUGGAGUGGACGAGGCUGAAGGAAGGGAGGAUAUUCAAGAUAGUGAGGACAAGGCAGAAGAUGGCAGGGACUUUCAAAGUGACGAGGAAGAGUCCCAGAAUGACUCUUAUAAUGUGGUGCAAGAGGUCCCAGCUGCCUUCAGUGCGGCCGAUUUUGCCGAGUUCACAGCAGUGCCUAGUGUUCCAUCAACUCCGAUUCAUGACACCAUCCAAGGGGACAAUAACAUUAUUGAAUACCCCCAGCUCCCAGCUGCCUUCAGUGAUCUCGACAGUCUAAACUUCCCUCUGUUAGCACCGCAUCCUGAUGUUUCCAGCUUCAGUUCAGGGCCUGGGUCUGAACUUGAUGAUUUUUUAUUCUCGUCGACGGUUGGUAGUGGAAGCUCCGACGGUGAUUUCAAUUUUUCUUUGACAGUCAGUGACUUCGAGAUGUUCUUGCCCCAUUCAAGCCCUAGCCCUUCAUACCCCGUUCUCGGAGAAACACUUACCAGCUUAAAGCCAGACAUCACCACACUUGAAAUACCCGUGCCAGUUCACACACCUUCAGCACCUCAGGCUCUUGUGCACCAAUCCCUAGCCUCACAGUCUGACUUGGACGGCCCACGUCGAACACUGCACCGUCAUGUCCCAUCAAAAUGUGACCAGGCACUUGAUGCUAUUGGAUUUUCGACAUCUCGUAUAUGCCCGGCGGUAGAGAAUGGCUUGGGUAAAGAGAAUGUAUCAUCUGCCAGUGGUAUGAAGAGGAAGGCAGCCACUGCUAUCAGCGCCACGAACAAGAAGAAAAGGCGGCCCUGA